UACUCACUGAUCACAAACCUUUAACCUAUGCCUUUAACGCGAAAAGUGACCGUUAUUCCCCUAGAGAAAUGCGACAAUUGGAUUAUAUUUCCCAAUUUUCGACCAACAUACAGUUUAUAAAAGGUGAGUCAAAUGUUGUUGCGGAUACUUUGUCACGUUUCAACGUCGAUGCAAUUUCCUUCACCAAAGGAAUCGAUUUAUCAGACAUGGCACGUUUGCAGACAGAUGAUCCCGACCUUGAUGCUUGUAAACAAAGUUCGAGCUUGUCCUUAAAAAGUGUUCCUAUACCGCAUUCUGACUCUACUAUCAUUUGUGAUACUUCUACUGGAACUCACAGACCUUUUGUGCCAAUAGUGUACAGAAAAAGAGUUUUUGAUUGUCUUCACUCACUAUCCCAUCCAGGGAUUCGUGCUACUGUGAAAUUGAUUGCUGAAAGAUUUGUUUGGCCAAAGAUGAAUGCAAAUAUAAAAAAAUGGACCAGGACUUGUGUACAGUGUCAGCGCAGUAAAAUACAUAGACAUACGAUUACAACACCGUCAGCAUUUAGUCUACCCGACCAUCGUUUUCAACAUGUUCAUGUUGAUUUAGUUGGUCCUCUUCCUCCAUCUAACGGAUUCACUUACAUUUUUACUGCAGUGGACCGUUUCACUAGAUGGCCAAUUGCAUGCCCAAUAAAAGAUAUCUCCGCGGAAAAUAUUGCUGCUGUAUUCCUCGACAGAUGGAUCGCUAAUUUUGGUGUACCUUCUACAGUUACUUCUGACAGAGGUUCACAGUUCCAAUCUCACCUCUUCAAUGAAUUCACCCGCAUUUUAGGAAUCCAUCACAUCACUACAACAGCAUACCAUCCAGCAGCGAAUGGACUAGUGGAACGAUUCCACAGACAACUAAAAAGCUCAUUGAUGGUACAACCGGAUGUUUCUAGAUGGAGUGAAUCUCUACCUCUUAUUUUACUAAGCAUACGUUCCACAAUUAAAGAAGACCUACAAUGUACUCCUGCACAGCUCGUCUAUGGAACUAAUUUAACCUUACCGGGGCAGCUAGUGACGCAUAAUGGCAAACCCGUAUGUACGGAUCCCACUUCUUUUUGCGAAAGACUAAUGAGCCAUAUGAAUAACAUUAAGCCUGUUGCACCUCGGCCAGUUGUCUUAAAAGAGCAAGUUAGCAAGCAUCUAAAUACGUGUAAAUUUGUAUUUGUUCGUGUUGACUCCGUAAGACGUCCUCUACAACAUCCUUAUGAAGGA